AGCUCCCCUAUUCUCUCUCUCUCUCUCUCUCUCUCUCUCUACUUUCUCUCUCUAUCUCUAUAUUAACAAAUUAGCAGAGCAAACAAGGAAGGAAGGCAGGCAGGCAGGCAAGGAAAAGUAGGUGAAAACAAAGUGGCAAAGUAAAUAGGGGAGAGAUAUAUAACAAGGAGGAGCCAGGUAGCAAUAAUAAUAAGGGGGAAUGGUGCUGAUUCUGAAGAAGGUGGUGCUGCUAAUUCUGAUGGUUGUGGUGGUGGUGGUGGUGCACUCUUUACAUAAUUGAUCAUUUUCCUUUCUCCUCUCUGAUUCCUUCUUCUCUUUCUUUCUUUCUUUCUUUCUUUCUCUGAAAAGUAUCCAUCUCUCUCUCUGUUCUUCCUUUGUUGGGGGUUAUUUUAAUUUCCCUUGCUCUGUAUCUUUCUCAUUGAAUAGUCCGCCUCUCUCUGCCUCUGCCUUGGUUUUGUGACUUGUUGAGGGGCAUCUUUCAUCUAGCAGCGUUUAUUGUUCUUUCACCCUCCCCACAUUGCUCCAUUCUCUUCUUAAUAACUUCCUCUGCCUCUCUUCCACCAAUUUCCAACAAUACAUUAUUAUUUUUCCAUUCACAACCCUCUCCUCUCUUCUAUAUCAUCAUCAGCUAGCAAUCUACAAUCUGCAAUGGCAGUUCAAGCUCAGUACCCUUCCAAUAUUCUAUUCCUAAACAGAAACGCACAAGAAGGGCAUGAUUAUUCAUUACAAGCGCAACAAGGAUUGUACCUUGAUCAAUCUCACAUGCUGUUCAACAAUGGUCUAGGAGGGAAUAGUACUAAUCAGCGCAAGAGAGGAAGAGAAGCUUCAGUCGCCACUGAAAUCACACCUUCAAUGAUCCCCUUCUCUUUGCAACAGUCCCAACCUCCUCAACUCAUCGACCUCUCUCAGCUCCACAAUCACAAUCACCCCAAUGUCGUCUCCACCGGCCUCCGAUUAUCCUUUGGAGACCAACAACAUCAACAAAAUCAGCAACAAUUGCAACAUCACAAUCAACAACAGCAACAACAACAGGAUUCUCACUCUUCUUUAUCUUUGUUCUCUGUUUUGACAGAGGACUUUGCCUCCCAAAUCAAACAACAGAGGGACGAAUUAGACCAGUUCCUUCAAGCCCAGGGGGAACAACUACAGCGCACAUUAGCAGAGAAGCGGCAGAGGCACUACCGUGCGCUACUGGGCGCAGCUGAGGAGUCUGUUUCCCGUAAAUUGCGAGAGAAAGAGGCAGAGUUCCAAAAGGCCACGCGCAGAAACGCCGAGUUAGAGGCACGCGCCGCCCACCUCAGCGUUGAGGCGCAGAUAUGGCAGGCCAAGGCGCGUGCGCAAGAGGCCACCGCCGCGUCCCUCCAGGUCCAAGUGCAACAGGCCAAGGCAAUGUUGAGUGCGGGGUUCCAAGUGGCAGGUGCGCAGGAUAGCAGGAGGGUCGAUGAUGGGCUAACAUGCGCCGAAAACCAGGCGGAGGACGCUGAGUCGGGGUACAUUGACCCGGAACGCGCCACCGUGUCAGGACCGAGUUGUAAAGCGUGUCGGAAGCGAGUGGCUUCGGUGGUGCUGUUGCCGUGUCGGCACCUAUGCCUUUGUACAGAGUGUGACCAAACGGUGCAGUCCUGCCCAUUGUGCCUCUCGAUGAGAAAUUCGAGUGUGGAGGUCUUUCUUUGCUAGGCCGAAGCCCAGAGCUAGGAGCCCAGGCCCAACGGUAUUACAAAAUUCAAACUGAA